AAUCCUGCACUCCCCAUGACCCCAUCUUUGUCAUAGCCAAUCAUGCUGCUCACAAGUCACACAACUCACAACCACGGUCAAGGGCGACCCCUGUGCCUUGCUUGGAAAUGGGAUCGCUGUGGCCGCGCUCCGCUCGCUCGGAAGAGCAGAGGGCGUCGGCACGGCCACCUCAAUCACCCUGGCAGGCGGCGGGUGGGAGGCUAAGCUACAUUCCUGACUUGUUGCCCGUCGGAUGCGUGAGCCGUGCGCAACGUGUUUGUGGAAAUGCCUCACCGGCGAACGCGGAUUCUCCGUCGACGUCUUCGCCCACAAGCGUUGACUUGGUGGUGGUGGUCCCGUCUUGUUCGGUCCCAGAGUCUCCGGUUCGGCGGCAUUCUUGCAAUCCCUGCCGCCUUCUUGGAAAUUUCGCCUUGGGAGCUAUCUGCGUUCAAAUCCAGUUGGUGCUGUGUGCGGCAGCUGCUGCAAGCCAACUAUUUCCUAAGGCUUGUGGUCUUGUGGACCUAGCUUGGCAAGUGGCUAACUGAGGCGACCUCCCAUGGAAAAGAGCUGCUCCUAGUACCUUUCAAUGCGCAACUGCAGUUGAUGUUGCAGGUUCUGUCAGCAAGUCAAAAGCUUACCUUUCAAAGGCCACGGAGGGGAAGGUGCAAGAGGAACCAUGGCCCUCUGGAAUGGCCUUGGGCAGGUGGCUACUGUUGCGCAGCUUACUGGAGUGGAUGCCAGUGGGCUGAUUGCAAUGAUUCUUGAGGCGGUGCGGACGGUCAGCCGCAACAAAGAGGACUGCAGGCAUCUUGCUCGCCGGGCUAUGAUGAUUGGUGACCUCUUGCAAAAGCUGCAGGGAUGGGAUAUGAUGCAGGAACCAGAGAUCAGGAGGCCGCUUGAUGGGCUGGAUGAUGCGCUCCGGGAGGCAUAUGUGCUCAUCGCUUCCUGCCAGAAUUGUAGCACCACAUACCGCUUCUUAAUGGGCUGGAAGCAGGCUGAACAGUUUCAAGGGGUGCAGAAGAAGAUUGAUAGCUAUCUCCAACUCUACCCCUUUAUCAGUCAUAUUGAUAUUACUCGUCGACUAGAUCAACUUUGCAAAAAUGAACAUCUGUCAUGCUCCCAGGCUCAGGGUGUUGGAGAUAGAUUGGGGUCAUCAAUGAGUUGUUCAAACAAUGAUGCAAGGACAGGACGGGAUGGAAGUGGCUUACAACAUACUGAAUCACAAACGGUCCAAUCAGCAGCUGAACAUUAUCAAAGUGAUGAGCACCAACAGGGAGGUCACCAGGAACUUAAUGAAAUUGGAUCAACAAGAAAGAGUAGAUUUACAUGGUCCUUUUGGUGGCUUCAAGACAAGAUAAGACUACCGUAUAUUCCUAGGUCCUUAGAUCGUCGUGAACUAGGGUUUUCAGUCUUCCGCUUCUGUCAUCUGAAGGCUGCUACGGAUAACUUCUCAUUUGAAAAUGAAAUAGGACAUGGUGGUUCCGCUACCGUUUAUAAGGGUAAAAUACAUGGACGACUUGUCGCAAUCAAAAGAUAUUCUACUUCAGGUUCAAUUUCAUACCGAAAAGGUCAAGCACGAUGUUUUGAAGCUGAAAUUUACUGCCUUCUGAAGUUUCAACAUAUAAAUAUAGUUAAGCUUCUAGGAUAUUGCACUGAAAGAAGGGAGAUGAUUUUGGUUUAUGAGUACAUCCCAAAUGGUGGUCUGGACAAAUAUAUAAGCGGUGCAGGAACAGGGAUGCUGCUUGACUGGACUCGGCGCUUCAGUAUUAUUUUAGGGAUUGCACAGGGUGUUGCUUAUCUACAUAAGUACUGUGGCGUUACCAUUCUACAUAGGGAUCUAAAGCCUAGCAAUGUUCUCUUGGAUUCUGACAUGAAUCCUAAGAUUACAGAUUUUGGCAUAGCCAGAUUACUGGGCAGUGCUUUGAAUGAAGAGGUGAUUGAGGGCACACUUGGUUAUGUGGCUCCUGAGUACUUGUUGGUGGGUAGGGCCUCAACUAAGUCUGACAUAUAUAGUUUCGGUGUCAUUCUUAUUGAGAUGAUCAUGGGAAAGAGGAGCUUCAAACCUUCUUGUCAACGUCCUUUACAUGGCGCUACGGAGCAUUAUGCCUGGGAAUUGUGGACGGCAGGGAGAUCACUGGAGCUCGUAGAUCCAUCUCUGCGUGACGAAGAUCGAGUGGCUGAGAUUCUGAGAUGCAUUCAGAUAGGACUACUCUGUGUUGAACCGAGGCCGGAAGACCGACCCACCAUGCCAGAUGUUAUUGUAAUGCUUAGCAGUGAGAGUACGAUCUUGCCUUCCCCUAAAAGAAUAGGAUAUGAAGUUGCAGAGGGAGGACGACGCUCAUAUUUAAUAUAGUAAUUAAACAAAUGCUGGAGCCCUGGAUUUGGAACCUCAUCCAACUUCAGUGUCACCUGGAUGAUCAUGAUGAUGAUAUAUGAACCUUGUCACCUAUAAAAUAUUGAAAACUCGUGUGCUACUUUUACCAAUUAUCAUUUGUGUAAGAUUGUGUAUAAUGCAUGGGCUACAGCUUGAGCCUCAUGGGUCAACUAUAUAGGAGUAUAUGGUUAGGAGGGCAAAGUAGCCUUUCCGAUAAGGAAGGUUAUCCUGGGAUUACAAUCCUAAACUAAUCAUAUUCGGUGUUGCUUAAUAUACUCUUAACAAUUUGUGAUUUUGU